CGCCCAGGUUAAGCAAUCCCAGUAUGAAGACCAGCAAUCCCAGUAUGAAGACCAGCAGUAUGAUCAACAGCAGCAGCAGUCAAAUUAUGACUAUCCUUCUGUGCAGCCGACACAUGAUGACCCUUUCGUCACACCAUCUCGUAGUCCUGUGACCAUCAUCCCUUCCAUGAGAACAACUCUGGCUGUGAAAGCCGGAAACUCUGCUCACAAUGGGAGAGUGUGUAGCACAUGGGGCAACUUCCAUUUCAAGACCUUUGACGGGGACAUCUACCAUUUCCCUGGCACCUGCAACUACGUCUUUUCCUCCCACUGCAAAUCUGAUUAUGAAGACUUCAACAUCCAAAUAAGGCGCUCUGUGGUUGAGAAUGCUGCCAUUAUCAGCCAUAUCAUCAUAAAAAUCGAUGGAGCAGCCAUUGAAGUGACCCCACACUCCAUUACUGUCAAUGCAGAACAUGUCCAGCUGCCCUACAGCCACUUGGGGAUCUUGAUGGAGACAGUCUCAGGUUACCUGAAAAUUGUUUCCAAGCUAGGCUUGGUGAUCAUGUGGAACCAAGAGGAUGGCCUUCUGCUUGAACUGAAUGAGAAAUAUGCUAAUCAGACUUGUGGACUUUGUGGAGACUUCAAUGGAAUCUCAACUUUCAAUGAAUUUGUUUCUAACAACAUCAAAUUGAAUCCGGUGCAGUUUGGAAACAUGCAGAAGAUGGACGGACCCACUGAAGAAUGCCAAGAUCCUUCCCCUUCAGCUGCAAGCAAUUGCAGUCAGGAGUUUAGUACUGUCUGCCAAACUGUAUUGACUGGUGAAGCAUUCAUGGGCUGCAAUGCACUGGUUGAAGUACAAGAUUACAUUGAUGCUUGCAUACAAGACCUGUGCAGCUGUGAUAAGUCUGCCACUGAUUACUGCAUUUGCAACACCUUUGCUGAAUAUUCCCGGCAAUGUGCCCAUGCUGGUGGACUGCCAAUGGAAUGGAGGACAGAAGAUCUGUGUGCCAAGUCAUGCCCUUUCAAUAUGGUGCACCAGGAAUGUGGAUCCCCCUGUUCUAAUACUUGUACCAAUCCUGAAAGGUCCCAGCUCUGUGAAGACCAUUGUACAGAUGGCUGCUUUUGUCCCCCAGGCACUGUGUUCGAUGACAUAAGCAGCUCUGGUUGCAUCGCUGUGAAGGACUGUCACUGUACUUACAAUGGAGACACUUAUUCUCCUGGAGCUUCUUUCGCAUCCCAGUGCACUGCAUGUACAUGUACUGGAGGCCAGUGGGCCUGUGUCAGCCUUGACUGCCCCGGAAUGUGCUCUGUUGAAGGAGGCUCCCACAUCUCCACAUUUGAUGAGAAACGCUAUUCGGUCUUUGGAGACUGCAGCUAUGUCUUAACUAAGCUCUGUGACAGCAAUGCCUUCACUGUUCUGGGAGAAAUUCGAAAGUGUGGCUUGACAGACACCGAGACCUGCCUGAAAGGCAUCGCCAUCAGCAUAGGUGGAGGAGAGACAGUAGUUGUGAUCAAGUCUACUGGGGUCGUGUAUGUGAAUAUGAUCCUUUCUCAACUGCCUAUCUCAGCAUCCAAUGUCACCAUCUUCAGGCCUACAUCCUUCUUCAUCAUUGUGGAAUCAAAUUUUGGCCUCCAGUUACAAAUCCAGCUCGUGCCCAUCAUGCAAUUAUUUGUACGCUUGGACUCUGCCCACAAAGAGCAGACAUGUGGUCUCUGUGGAAACUUCAACAGUGUCCAAGCAGAUGACUUCAAAGCUGCCAGUGGAGUAGUAGAAGGAACUGCAGCUGCUUUUGCCAACACGUGGAAAGCACAGGCCAAUUGUCCCGACAUCAAAAAUAUUUUCGAGAACCCAUGUACUCUCAGCAUAGAAAAUGAAAAAUAUGCUUCACACUGGUGCGGCCUGCUGACGGACAGCAAUGGACCCUUUCAGAAGUGCCACUCUGCAGUAGAGCCUACUGCUUUCCACACGACCUGUAUGUUUGAUACCUGCAACUGUGAAAGGAGUGAGGACUGUAUGUGUGCUGCCCUUUCCUCCUAUGUCAAAGCCUGUGCUGCAAAGGGAGUGCUGCUCAGUGGAUGGAGAACCAGCAUCUGUACCAAAUACCAAAUGUGUCCCAAAACCCUGGUUUACCGUUACAACAUUAAUUCCUGCCAACCCACCUGCCGAUCUCUGAGUGAGCCCGAUGUCACCUGCAACAUUAAGUUUACCUCUGUGGAUGGAUGCACCUGCGAAGAAGGGAUGUAUAUGGAUGAGAGUGGCAAAUGUGUGCCUGCUACCAGCUGCCCCUGCUACUACAAAGGGACUCCUCUACUGUCUGGAGAAGUUAUCCAUGAAAAUGGUGUCAUAUGCACUUGCACACAGGGAAAGCUUCAGUGCAUUGGAGAAGUGAAACCACAACCAGAAUGUUUUGCUCCCAUGGUCUACUAUGACUGCACCAAUGCCACAGCAGGAGCCACUGGAGCUGAGUGUCAGAAGAGCUGUCAGACCCUUGACAUGGGAUGCUACAGCACACAGUGCGUCUCUGGCUGCAUGUGUCCCAAGGAGUUGGUGGCGGAUGGCCAAGGUGGGUGUAUAGCUGCUGAAGAGUGUCCAUGCAUUCACAAUGAAGCUACAUACAAGCCAGGGGACAGCAUCAAAGUGAAAUGUAAUACUUGUACAUGUAAGAACAGAAAGUGGGAGUGCUCCACUGAACCCUGCCUGGCAACAUGCUCUGUUUAUGGAGAUGGUCAUUACAUCACCUUUGAUGGCAAACGCUAUAGCUUCAGUGGAGACUGUGAAUACACACUGGUCCAGGAUCAUUGCGGUAAAAACAAUUCAAAUGCAGGAACUUUCAGAGUGAUCACGGAGAACAUCCCCUGUGGCACCACCGGGACAACCUGCUCAAAAGCCAUUAAAGUCUUCAUGGGGAACUAUGAGCUGAUACUCGCUGAUGAAAAAUUUGAAGUGGUACAGAGGCUUUCUGGUGGAGGUGAAGUGCUAUUCAAGGUCCGCUACAUGGGAAUCUACAUGGUGAUUGACACCACAGCUGGACUGGUCCUGUUGUGGGACAAGAAAACCAGUAUCUUCAUCAAACUCAAUGACGAAUUUAAGGGACAAGUUUGUGGCCUCUGUGGAAACUAUGAUGGCAAUGACAUAAAUGACUUCACCACCAGGAGCCAGUCUGUUGUAGGAGACGUACUGGAGUUUGGUAACAGCUGGAAGGUGUCUCCCACUUGCCCAGAUGCCCCAGGCAGCAGAGAUCCUUGUUCUACAAACCCAUAUAGGAGUUCUUGGGCCCAGAAGCAAUGUAGCAUCAUUAACAGCAAAGUGUUUGCUUCCUGCCACUCUCAGGUUGAACCAACUAAAUAUUAUGAAGCCUGCAUCUCUGAUGCCUGUGCUUGUGACACUGGGGGAGACUGUGAAUGCUUCUGUACUGCUGUGGCUGCCUAUGCUCAGGCGUGUAAUGAAGCUGGCAGUUGCAUUUCUUGGAGAACUCCAUCCAUUUGCCCUCUGUUCUGUGAUUACUAUAAUCCAAAAGAGGAGUGUGAGUGGCACUACCAGCCUUGUGGCUCUCCUUGUAUGAAGACUUGCAGAAACCCAAGUGGAAAAUGCCUGCAUGAGUUACAAGGCUUAGAAGGCUGCUAUCCAAAGUGUCCAACUGAUAAGCCCUAUUUUGAUGAAGAUGAGAUGCAGUGUGUUGAUCUUCCAGCGUGUGGCUGCUUUGAUGGCAAAGGAAACCACUAUAAACCAGGAGAAAAAAUGCCUUCACAAAAGAGCUGUGAAUCAUGCUAUUGUUCAAUGGCUGGCAAACCAGAGUGUCGAUAUGAUGAACUUGAAUGCCACUGUAUCUAUGAAGGGAAGAUUAGCAAGCCGGGGGAUGUCAUCUACCACACAACAGAUGGCAUUGGAGGGUGCAUCACUGCGAUUUGCAGUAAGAAUGGAACAAUAGAGAGGAAUAUCUUCCCAUGCACAACAACACCCACCACUACCACUACCACCACUGCACCAACCACUACCGUCUUUAACUUUUCCAGUACCUCUUCACCAGCAACCACUACUGCAGUGCCUGUAACAACAUCUGUUUGUGUUCAGGAAGUAUGCCAGUGGUCACAGUGGUAUGAUGUGAGCCAGCCUGGCUCUGGAGAUGAUGAUGGAGAUUUUGAUACUUUUGAAAAACUAAGAGCAGAAGGAUAUAAAGUCUGCAGAGCUCCAAGUGCCGUUGCCUGCAGAGCUGAGAAAUUCCCCAAUACUCCAUUAAGUGAACUGGGUCAGAAAGUAGAAUGCAGUAAAACAGUGGGGCUAAUCUGUUACAACAAGGAUCAGCAUCCAAUGAGCUGCCAUAAUUAUCAAAUCAAAAUCCAAUGUUGUAGCUUUGAACCAUGUGGCAUUACUGCAUCGACACCCGGGACUACCCACACAAUAACACCAACUACUCUUCCUGUAACAACUCCUACUCCUGUAACAACACCAAGUCUACCACCUACCACAACUGUAGUAACCGAAACAACUAGCAUCUCAACUACAACCCCAGCAACCACAACAGAAAUACCACAGCCAACACCUUGUAAACUCACAUGUAAAUGGACUGAAUGGUACGAUGUGCACUUUCCCACUUUGGACAACAAAGGUGAUUUUGAAACAUACGACAUCAUUAAGGCUGCAGGAAAAGAUAUAUGCCAAAAACCUGAACGUAUAGAAUGCAGGGCAGAGAAAUAUCCAGAGAAAUCUAUUGAUGAAAUUGGACAAACUGUUCAGUGCAAUGUGUCAUUUGGCUUUGUUUGCAAAAAUGAAGAACAGUCAGGAAUCUUGCAGAUGUGUUAUAACUAUCAGAUCAAAGUAUACUGCUGUUAUACUGACUGCUUGACCACUACUCCAGAAACUACGACAGCAAGCACAAGUACUGUUUCAGUAACUACCACAGUUACUAGUACAACUCCAGAAACAACAUCUACAUCAAUAGUGACAACUAAACCAAAAACAACACCAGUCACAACCACACCUACUACUACUAAAUCUACAACCACAACUACUACAACCACAACGUCCACUACAAUUCCAGAAACUACAACGGAAACAACACCUUCUACAACUAAAAUUAUAACCACACCAACACCAAAAGAAACAACACAUCCAACUGUGUCAACAACUACAUCAACAACCUCACGGAUUACAACAAAAGGUACAACCACAGUGUCAACUACUUCUGAAGCAACAACACUAACCACAACACCUCCAACUACAACACAGUCACCAACAACAGUAACAACUGUUCCAGGGACAACAAAAAGUUUAGAAACGACAACAAUUUCAACAACAGCCCCUUCGACACCUGAACAAUGCACUAAGGAAGUUUGUGAAUGGUCACAGUGGUAUGAUAUAAGUUACCCAGGAUCCGCACCAGACGAUGGAGAUUUUGAUACAUUUAAGAAUAUAAGAGCCAAAGGAUACAAAGUCUGUAAGGCACCAAAAAAUGUUGAAUGCAGAGCAGAAAGAUAUCCUGAUACACCACUAAAUGAAUUAGAGCAAAAAGUAACUUGUAGUAAAACAGAAGGACUCAUAUGUUACAACAAAGAACAACUUCCACCAAUUUGCUAUAAUUAUGAGAUAAGAAUUGAAUGCUGUGAAAAAAUAAUUGUACCAUGUCCAACAACCAGACCACUAACAACUACAAAGCCUUUAACUACAACCUCACAAACAACAACAACCAGCAAAACAACCACAACAGCAUCAACACCAAUAACUACUACCAAAGGAAAGACUAUUAUUACAAGAACUCAGACAACUACACAGCCAUCAAAAGCACCGCUACUAAAUGGAACAACAUCAGUCACAACUCAACCGCUACAAACAACAAAAGUCACAAUAAGGACAACACCAUUAAUAACUACAAAACCUGAAACACCGAAAACUAAGCCAACAACUGAAGUAACAACAACUAAGCUAGCAACAACUACAAAAUUGCAAACCACCACAACACAGACAACGGAAACUACCACCAGUGUCAUCACAACAACAAAAGCAACCACCACACCUGUGGUAGUAAGUACGACUUUGCCUAGAAUGACACCAGAAAGGACUACAACGGUGACAACAACCAGUGCCACCACCACCAGAUCCAUUCCCACCACCACUCUCAAACCAACCACUAAAGCUCCAGAAACAACAACAACCACCACCACACCAGUAACAACUACAGCACCCAAAAGUACGACAACACAACCAACAACGACAACCACCACCACCACCACACCUCGACCAGCAAGCACAACCACUUUGCCCACAACCACUGUGCCAGUCACCACCACAACUACUGAGAUGACUACCACCUCUCCAGAAACAACAACCUGUGGACCUAUAUGUCAGUGGACUGCAUGGUUUGAUGUUGACUAUCCCACUUCUGGACCUAACGGGGGUGACAUGGAGACAUAUAACAACAUUCGGGAUGCGGGUGGCAAGAUCUGUGCCAAGCCAUCAAAAAUCCAGUGCAGGGCUGAAAAUCACCCUGACCUCAGCCUUGACAAACUCGGUCAGAUAGUAGAGUGUAAUGUUGACUCUGGACUAGUUUGCAGGAAUGAUGAACAAAUUGGGAAAUUCAAGCAGUGUUUGAAUUAUGAGAUACGGGUGUUGUGCUGUGAAGUAAACCCACGUUGCCCACCUACAACCAUCCCAACUACCACCACUCCCAAACCAACCACUACAGCUCCAGAAACCACCACCACCACUCUAAUAACAACUACAGCACCCCAAACCACCACAACGCAGCCAACAACGACAACAACCACUACCACCACUCCCAAACCAACCACUACAGCUCCAGAAACCACCACCACCACCACCACACCAGUAACAACUACAGAACACAAAACCACCACCACACAACCAACAACGACAACCACCACCACCACCACUACACCUCGGCCAGUAAGCACAACCACCUUGCCCACAACCACUGUGCCAGUCACCACCACAACUACUGAGACGACUACCACCUCUCCAGAAACAACAACCUGUGGACCUAUAUGUCAGUGGACCGACUGGUUUGAUGUUGACUAUCCCACUUCCGGACCUAACGGGGGUGACAUUGAGACAUAUAACAAGAUCCGGGCUGCAGGAGGGAAGAUCUGUGCCAAGCCAUCAAACAUCCAGUGCAGGGCUGAAAAUCACCCUGACCUCAGCCUUGACCAGGUUGGUCAGAAAGUUGAGUGUAAUGUUGAUUCUGGACUGGUUUGCGAGAAUGAUCAGCAAAUUGGGAAAUUCAAGCAGUGCUUGAAUUAUGAGAUACGGGUGUUGUGCUGUGAAGUAAACCCACGUUGCCCACCUACCACCAUCCCAACAACCACCACUCCCAAACCAACCACUACAGCUCCAGAAACCACCACCACCACUCCACUAACAACUACAGCACCCCAAACCACCACAACACAGCCAACGACGACAACAACCACUACCACCACUCCAAAACCAACCACUACAGCUCCAGAAACCACUACCACCACCACCACACCAGUAACAACUACAGAACCCAAAACCACCACCACACAACCAACAACGACAACCACCACACCUCGGCCAGUAAGCACAACCACUUUGCCCACAACCACUGUGCCAGUCACCACCACAACUACUGAGACGACUACCACCUCUCCAGAAACAACAACCUGUGGACCUAUAUGUCAGUGGACCGACUGGUUUGAUGUUGACUAUCCCACUUCCGGACCUAACGGGGGUGACAUUGAGACGUAUAACAAGAUCCGUGCUGCAGGAGGGAAGAUCUGUGCCAAGCCAUCAAACAUCCAGUGCAGGGCUGAAAAUCACCCUGACCUCAGCCUUGACCAGGUUGGUCAGAAAGUUGAAUGUAAUGUUGAUUCUGGACUGGUUUGCGAGAAUGAUCAGCAAAUUGGGAAAUUCAAGCAGUGCUUGAAUUAUGAGAUACGGGUGUUGUGCUGUGAAGUAAACCCACGUUGCCCACCUACCACCAUCCCAACAACCACCACUCCCAAACCAACCACUACAGCUCCAGAAACCACCACCACCACUCCACUAACAACUACAGCACCCCAAACCACCACAACACAGCCAACGACGACAACAACCACUACCACCACUCCCAAACCAACCACUACAGCUCCAGAAACCACUACCACCACCACCACACCAGUAACAACAAAAGCACCCAAAACCACCACAACACAACCAACAACGACAACCAGCACCACCACCACACCUCGGCCAGUAAGCACAACCACCUUGCCCACAACCACUGUGCCAGUCACCACCACAACUACUGAGACGACUACCACCUCUCCAGAAACAACAACCUGUGGACCUAUAUGUCAGUGGACCGACUGGUUUGAUGUUGACUAUCCCACUUCCGGACCUAACGGGGGUGACAUUGAGACGUAUAACAAGAUCCGUGCUGCAGGAGGGAAGAUCUGUGCCAAGCCAUCAAACAUCCAGUGCAGGGCUGAAAAUCACCCUGACCUCAGCCUUGACCAGGUUGGUCAGAAAGUUGAGUGUAAUGUUGAUUCUGGACUGGUUUGCGAGAAUGUUCAGCAAAUUGGGAAAUUCAAGCAGUGCUUGAAUUAUGAGAUACGGGUGUUGUGCUGUGAAGUAAACCCACGUUGCCCACCUACCACCAUCCCAACAACCACCACUCCCAAACCAACCACUACAGCUCCAAAAACAACCACAACCACUCCACUAACAACUACAGCACCCAAAACCACCACCACACCUCGGCCACUAAGCACAACCACCUUGCCCACAACCACUGUGCCAGUCACCACCACAACUACUGAGACGACUACCACCUCUCCAGAAACAACAACCUGUGGACCUAUAUGUCAGUGGACCGGCUGGUUUGAUGUUGACUAUCCCACUUCCGGACCUAACGGGGGUGACAUUGAGACGUAUAACAAGAUCCGGGCUGCGGGAGGGAAGAUCUGUGCCAAGCCAUCAAACAUCCAGUGCAGGGCUGAAAAUCACCCUGACCUCAGCCUUGACCAGGUUGGUCAGAAAGUUGAUUGUAAUGUUGAUUCUGGACUGGUUUGCGAGAAUGAUCAGCAAAUUGGGAAAUUCAAGCAGUGCUUGAAUUAUGAGAUACGGGUGUUGUGCUGUGAAGUAAACCCACGUUGCCCACCUACCACCAUCCCAACAACCACCACUCCCAAACCAACCACUACAGCUCCAGAAACCACCACCACCACUCCACUAACAACUACAGCACCCCAAACCACCACAACACAGCCAACGACGACAACAACCACUACCACCACUCCAAAACCAACCACUACAGCUCCAGAAACAACCACAACAACUCCACUAACAACUACAGCACCCCAAACCACCACCACACAACCAACAACGACAACCACCACCACCACCACCACUACACCUCGGCCAGUAAGCACAACCACCUUGCCCACAACCACUGUGCCAGUCACCACCACAACUACUGAGACGACUACCACCUCUCCAGAAACAACAACCUGUGGACCUAUAUGUCAGUGGACCGACUGGUUUGAUGUUGACUAUCCCACUUCCGGACCUAACGGGGGAGACAUUGAGACAUAUAACAAGAUCCGGGCUGCAGGAGGGAAUAUCUGUGCCAAGCCAUCAAACAUCCAGUGCAGGGCUGAAAAUCACCCUGACCUCAGCCUUGACCAGGUUGGUCAGAAAGUUGAGUGUAAUGUUGAUUCUGGACUGGUUUGCGAAAAUGAUCAGCAAAUUGGGAAAUUCAAGCAGUGCUUGAAUUAUGAGAUACGGGUGUUGUGCUGUGAAGUAAACCCUCGUUGCCCACCUACCACCAUCCCAACAACCACCACUCCCAAACCAACCACUACAGCUCCAGAAACCACUACCACCACCACCACACCAGUAACAACAGCACCCAAAACCACCACAACACAACCAACAACGACAACCACCACCACCACCACUCCUCGGCCAGUAAGCACAACCACCUUGCCCACAACCACUGUGCCAGUCACCACCACAACUACUGAGACGACUACCACCUCUCCAGAAACAACAACCUGUGGACCUAUAUGUCAGUGGACCGACUGGUUUGAUGUUGACUAUCCCACUUCCGGACCUAACGGGGGUGACAUUGAGACGUAUAACAAGAUCCGUGCUGCAGGAGGGAAGAUCUGUGCCAAGCCAUCAAACAUCCAGUGCAGGGCUGAAAAUCACCCUGACCUCAGCCUUGACCAGGUUGGUCAGAAAGUUGAGUGUAAUGUUGAUUCUGGACUGGUUUGUGAGAAUGAUCAGCAAAUUGGGAAAUUCAAGCAGUGCUUGAAUUAUGAGAUACGGGUGUUGUGCUGUGAAGUAAACCCACGUUGCCCACCUACCACCAUCCCAACAACCACCACUCCCAAACCAACCACUACAGCUCCAGAAACAACCACAACAACUCCACUAACAAGUACAGCACCCAAAACCACCACCACACAACCAACGACAACCACCACCACCACCACUACACCUCGGCCAGUAAGCACAACCACCUUGCCCACAACCACUGUGCCAGUCACCACCACAACUACUGAGACGACUACCACCUCUCCAGAAACAACAACCUGUAGACCUAUAUGUCAGUGGACCGACUGGUUUGAUGUUGACUAUCCCACUUCCGGACCUAAUGGGGGUGACAUUGAGACGUAUAACAAGAUCCGGGCUGCAGGAGGGAUGAUUUGUGCCAAGCCAUCAAACAUCCAGUGCAGGGCUGAAAAUCACCCUGACCUCAGCCUUGACCAGGUUGGUCAGAAAGUUGAGUGUAAUGUUGAUUCUGGACUGGUUUGCGAGAAUGAUCAGCAAAUUGGGAAAUUCAAGCAGUGCUUGAAUUAUGAGAUACGGGUGUUGUGCUGUGAAGUAAACCCACGUUGUCCACCUACCACCAUCCCAACAACCACCACUCCCAAACCAACCACUACAGUACCAAUAACGCCAACUGCUUGUUUCUGCAAGAUUAAUGAAACCAUUUACAGACGUGGUGAUACGAUUUACAAUAAAACAGACAGUGAUGGUUGCCUUUUCACAGCCGUUUGUAGUAAAACAUGUUCUGUUGAGAGAUAUCAAGGGCCGUGCAAACUAACAACACCCAAACCCACUCCGACAGUUGUUGUCACAACCCCCACUACUACUAUUGCCACUACCACUACCACAACUGAGCAACCUGGAUGCCCAGAUGCUAAACCACCCUUAAAGACUGGCGACAAAUGGGUAUCGAACUGCACCAUAUCAACUUGUGAGGGAAACAAUAAAAUUUCUGUAAAGCAAGUACAGUGUCCACCAGUGAGGAAUAUUGUUUGUGAAAAUGGGUACCCACCAAACAAAGUCUUCAGCGAAGAUGGCUGCUGUUAUCACUAUGAAUGCGAAUGUGUUUGUAGUGGCUGGGGUGAUCCUCACUAUAUCACAUUUGAUGGAACGUACUACACCUUCCUGGACAACUGCACAUAUGUAUUGGUGCAGCAGAUUAUACCUAAAUACGACAACUUCAAGGUUCUAAUUGAUAAUUACUUCUGUGAUGCUGAAGAUGGACUUUCAUGCCCUCAGUCUAUCAUUGUUUACUACAAAACUUCAGUGGUAGUGCUAACCCGCAAACUCUUUGAUGGGGUGGAAGCUAACAAGAUCUACUUCGAUGGUAAGAUUGUCAACCCAGGCUUCCAGAAAGACGGCAUUUUUGUCUCCAUGGUUGGUGUCAACAUGGUAGUUGAGAUUCCUGAGAUUGAGGCUUUCAUCACCUUCAGCGGUUUGAUCUUCUCAAUAAAACUUCCAUAUAGCAAAUUUGGCAACAACACCGAAGGACAAUGUGGUACCUGUACAAAUGACAGAAAAGAUGAAUGUCGCUUACCAACUGGCGAGAUAACCAGUUGUCCCUACAUGGCUCCCCAUUGGAAAGUCACUGAUGACAAUAAGAGCUACUGCAAUAACAAAACAGUACUUCCUGUCACACCAACACCAGCAGUACCUUGCAAACCUUCCCCUGUUUGCGAUAUAAUUUUGAGCGAAGUCUUCUCUGAUUGCCAUCAGAUCAUACCUCCAAAGCCCUUCCACCAAGGUUGCUCCUUUGAUUCUUGCCACAUAGUCAAUACCACCAUGCAGUGUUCAGGCUUAGAGAUAUAUGCUUCACUCUGUGCCUCUAAAGGUGUUUGCAUUGACUGGAGAGCGAAGACUAAUGGUUCAUGCCCAUACAGCUGUCCUGAAGGCAAAGUAUAUGACCCAUGUGGCCCUAUCAACCCUCCCACAUGUGAUAAUAGCAGGGCUAGUCACCAUAAUGGCACUGGCAUAGUUGAAGGUUGCUUCUGUGCUCCUGGAACCAAGCUCUUCAACUCCUACAAUGAUAUCUGUGUAGAAGAAUGUGGUUGUACUGGACCAGACGGGAUGCCCAAAUUGCCUGGAGCAAGCUGGAUCAGCAACUGCAAGGAGUGUACUUGUGAAAAAUAUACUCUUAAAGUGCAGUGUACACAAAAAAUAUGUGCAACACCUGUCCCAGUGAGCUGUGAGUUUGAAGGCUUUGUGCCUGUCAGCGUCACAACACCUGAAGAUAAAUGCUGUCCUCAAAUGAAAUGUGUAUGCAACACUAGUUACUGUCCUGAAUCCAUUGAGACCUGUCCAGUAGGAUAUGAAUUAAAACAACAAAAGCUGCCAGGAGAUUGCUGCAUUAAAGCCACUUGUGUGAGAAUACCCGGCUGUAUUGAGAAAGACGUAUUCUACAAACCUGGAGCAGUUGUUCCAAGAGGAGACUGUGAAACGUGCAGAUGUUCUGCUGAGCAAGAUCCAGAAAGCCAAAUAAACACAGUGGAAUGUGUGUCACAAGUAUGUGACAAAAACUGCCCAGUGGCCCAGGAAUACAAGGAAAUCCCUGGACAAUGCUGUGGUAAAUGCUCAGUGGUAGCAUGUGUUGUGAAAGAGGGACCCAUUGUUCAGGUUAUCAAGCCUGGGGAGAUUUGGCAUAAUCCAGGAAACAACUGCACCACUUAUGAAUGUGAAUUGGUUGAGGACCAGUAUAUUCUUGUCCCUAUCAAAAGACCCUGCGCUCCACUUAACUGCCCACCUGAGAAUGUGAGACUGAGUGAAGAUGGCUGCUGCAAGGUGUGCGGACCUCCACCGGGAGAUUGUAUCCCAAAGAACAUCACAAGUCUCAUCAAACACAAUGGAUGUGAAGCUACUGAACCUGUUGAAUUACGGUACUGCGAAGGACACUGCGGCAGUUCUUCAAUAUACUCUUCUGAGGCUAACACAUUGGAUCACACAUGUGCAUGCUGUAAGGAAAGCAAAACCAGUGAGAGGCAAGUGACACUGAUAUGCCCUGAUCGCUCCACCAUUGAAUAUUCAUACAUCCAUGUUGACGCAUGUGAUUGUGUGAUCAAUCAAUGUGAUGUGAAGCCCAGUCCGACACCAGGAGAGCAAGAACAGCAGCAGCAGCAGCAGCAGCAGCAGCAGCAGGAAGAACAGCAGCAACAGCAGCAAGAAGAACAGCAGCUUGGCCAGAAAUAAAAACAGGAGCCAGGACUGACCUAGACAUUUUUUAAAUGACCAACACCAAUAAUUAACAGAAGAUGAAUUAAAAUGAAUCUUGCUGUUUUGAAAUAAAAAGUAUCCAAUGCAGCAACUUGAACAUACAGAUGAAUUUUUCUUCUUCUAAAUCUACUCUUGGCAGAAAAGUAUUUUCUUUUCUUUGGGGUGCCAAACAAUUAGAAAUUCUAGGUGACACUUUUCUUGGGGCAAGGCCUUGGUGAGACUACACUGUGCGGUCACAAAUAACUUGGAGAGGAAAGUAUUUGGCACGAUAAAAUGUUAGGGUGGGAGACAAAAAAAAGGACUUUAGCUUGAACUCUUGUGAAGUUAUGAUGCCAAUAUUAACAAAGCAUUGGUACAGACACUGGCAUUUCUAAUACACCCAGAAGAAUUUCCACCACCAAGUAGCACAAGCUAGUCAUAACUUUGGAGCGGAAAGAGCUACUCAUAGUGUCCAGUUCCAUUUCAGUUCCAUUAGUCAACAUGGUCUGUUCUCCAUCACCUUUGCAAAAGUUAGAUCUCACUUUCAUAACUUGGUCAGCCUUUUUUGUGUUUUUCCCCCGGGUUCGUUCUUCUACAAACUUCAACCUCUCAAAGGCUGUGGGGCUAUAAUACUCAGAUAUUAUUUGUAGAUCUAUUUUUGUGCAAAAAAACUCCCAUGAAGUAUGGCUGCUGCUGAAGAAGACUGUUUACAUGAUAUCAUCAGCAUAUUAAUUGUAUGAAGAUCUGGAUUUUUAAAAAUAUAAAUGUUUACAAAAUGAACAUAAGAUAUAUAGAUAUAUUUGCCGAAUGGUCAUAUGAAGAACUUUUUAAACCAAAGUAGUAAAUAUCAAUAAUAUAAAUUCUGUUCUAGGACAAUGAAUUAUUUUUUAACGUUGUACAAUUACUAUUUAUUUGUUUCUGGAAAACAGACUAUUUUCUUCUGUAUUAGCACCAUCUGUCAAAUGAUGCCUGGUUGAGGGAUAUCUUUACCUUUUUCUGUUUUUAUUUGUUUCUUAAAGAGAAGAGUUUCAAUGAUUAAUAAAAUUUUAGCAUUUUGCA